GCUCAGUCCCCGCAUGAAGAUGGCCUGCUCGAGUACCUCGAGGACAUUAUCGGCUCAAAUCGCUUGCUGGAGCCCAUCGAGGAGGCCGAAGGCUCCGUUGAAAAGCUGACAGAGCAGCGCCAGGAGAAGCUCAACCGUCUGCGUGUCGCGGAGCGUGAGAAGGAGGCCCUGGACGGCCCACGCCAGGAGGCCGAGGCCUGGGUCACCGGGGAGGCAGAGCGCUUGGAGAUGCAGUGCGUCUUGGCGCAGUCCCAGGUGCGCGACAGCCAGACGAAGCUCGGCAGCCUCGAGGAAGAGCACAAGGUACUCCAGGGCCAAAUGAAGGAGCACAAGAAGAGGAUGGAGGGAUUUGAGAAAGAGGUGAAAACGAUAGAGGACGAGCACAAUUCUCACCUCAAGGAGUACAACAAGAUCAAGGAAAAGAUGGAGAAGAAAGCCGAGGAGUUCAAGGAGUUCGAGCGCCAGGACGUGAAGUACACCGAAGACAUCGCGUUCCAGGAGCAGAAGCUCCAGAAGCUCUCGCAGGUGCGGGAGCAAGAGGAGGAGCGCGCCAAGCAGCUCGUGAAGGAUGCUGAAAAGCUUCGGGAAGAGGCACCCACUCGCGAACAGGAGCUUCAGGGCCAGGAGCGUUUCCGCGCCACGCAG